AUGACCUCCACAGACGAACCUUUGGGCCUCGCCGUAGGAUUCCGUGUAGAAGAACUGUUGACGACACCCUCUUUUCGCCCUUUAUUCCUCGAGCUCCGAACCAGUGAAUGCAUCACAUCAUAUUGGGGAUUUCUAACGCUACUUGAUAACUUACCUAGGAAUCCUCGUAAGAUCUGUGCUGCAAUAAUUAACUACGCACAGGAAACGAUUGCUUGCUUCAAAUUCGUCCUCGACGUUGGUUUUCCCGAAACAUAUCUUGUCUUUGAUCCUCAUGCUCGACCCUACCGUCCGUCAGGUCCGGGGUUUAUGUUAAGCAGAUCAAAGGAUGCUGUUGCAAGUGCUCUCGCGCGUCUUUGCACAUUCAUCAAACCGUUGAUGGAAAGGACAUACUUCGGCAGCCAUUUGUUUUCGUUUCACAUUCUACUGCCUAGAGACAGUUAUCGCGACCACAACGCCUAUCUGCCCUCCUCAGAUAGUAGUCCCCUUGAAGAGGAGUCCAAUGAAGAGAACCCUUCUGCCUCUCGAUUGGAAGACCAGCGCUUUUCUGUCACGGAAGUUGAUCAUCUUAACAUCCCUGAUCCCCUACCUGAACUUUCAACUAAUCCACUUGGCAUGGCUCCGUUGUUUUGGCGACCAGAAACCGAAUUCGGCAGGGAGCUGCUUUUGGAAUUGGAUUCUAUUGCGCCUCCUGCCUUCAUGCCAUCUUUCGAAUGUGGAAUAUGUCUCGAAGAAUAUGAAGUGCGCAAGGCCGUUAUGAUUGCUGAUUGCGAACAUCCAUUUUGCCGAGAUUGCCUUCUUGGUCAUGUAAAGACCAAGUUAACUGAAAGCCAGUAUCCAAUACGAUGCCCAACAUGUUCUACUGAACGUGGCAGGCUCGAUCCAGGAACGGUUGACCAACAUGCUAUAGCACAACUGUCUAUUUCCGAACAUGACCUCGACAAGUUUGAAGAGUUGCAAAUUUUGGUGCACUCUGUUAAACUCACUUGCCCAAAGUGCAAUGAGACCAUGUUCGUUCUUCGUAGUGAUUACCUCAACCAAAAGGUCAUCGCAUGCCCACUGCCAAAGUGCCAACACGAGUUUUGCAAGACCUGUAGAAAGCGAAUCUGGGCCGUCAAUUCUAAAGGCAGGCAUGCUUGCACGAACGAUGCAAAACUGGAUCGCCUCGUGCGGAAACAUGGGUGGCGCUACUGUCCUGGUUGUCGCAUACCCGUUCAGAAAGAGUCCGGUUGUAACCACAUGACUUGUGCGGGAUGUUACAUGCAUUUCUGUUAUAGAUGCGGCGAAGCUAUUGUAUCUUCCUCGGCAGGUCAAGAUGUUGGACUUGCAGUAACCACGCACUAUUCGUCAUGCGUUCAGUAUGAACCAUUCCAUAGACGCUUGUGUACCGUUCAAUGA